ACGACGACGACGACGACGACGACGACGACGACAAGAACAAGAACAACAACGACGACGACGGCGUCGCUUAGCAGCCUCCAGCACAAAACCAGCACUGCCGUUUGUUCUCCGAGAUGGCGGAUGAAAAGGAGAAGCAGACGUUCUUGCAGAAGCUGCUGUUCUACACGACCGCGUUCUUCAUCCUUCUCAGCACCUUCAGCCUCUUCGCCUUCCUCUUCUUGGUCCCCUUCGUUAUUGACCCCGCCUUCACUACCAUCUUCAUGCAGUUCGACACUCGACCCGCCGAGUGUAUCACCAUCGACGUUGAGUCCAGAAGAGGUGCGAGCAAUUGCUCAUGGACAUCCUGUAGAGAGGGUUGCACUAAGGAGCUGUAUGAUUGCACGCAAAUACGCGUCAACUAUAAGCUACCGGAUAACACGUCCGAAGGGCCGGACGGGGAAGGCGGGGCGGUAGGAGGUGUCGAGGACGACGAAGGAAACAAGCGGAUGCCUCGUUACGAGCGUUCCUUAGGCGAGACCUACAUCGAGAAUCUCGACGAGAACUUUGUCGAGGAUGACGAGAACGGACUGCCGAAAUCUUUCCCUACAGGUCUCAUGGGCAACGACUCCGUGUGGUAUUUCACCGGGGCCAAGCUGUUCCCCAACGUAAAAGGCUGUGGAUACCCUCCAAUGCUGAAUUGCAGUAUUUUCUACCGGCAGUACGCCAACAUAGGGCAGAACUUUAGCUGUUACUACUCGAAAGUGGAUCCCGGGAUAGUCAUCAGCGACCUCGACAUGUGGCAGGUGUACAUGAACCUUGUGUACGCGAUGGCGAUUCCGAUACCGUCUUUCAUAAUCUCGGUGAUAUACCUCACCAUCGCCUACUUCAAGAUCUACAACGAAGAUGAGGAGAUCCUGGUAGGUGGCGAAGAGGGUGAGAAAAAUGAGGAGGAAGAAGGCGAUGGUACACCCUUGCCACCCACUAGCGGUGCAUUGACGCCCGGAAGUGAAGCCUUCAGGGAGGAUUUGGCGAGCUUUGGGCACCAACUCAAGGUCGCAAUGGCCGAUGACAUCAGCAGGGAAAGUCUUGACGGGAUUCCUAACUCGCUCUCUGUUCAGGGAAACUUGAGCAAGACGAUGACGACGAGUAUCUCAACUCCCCCUGGGCCGACGGCGGCAGUUUGAAGAGACAUUUUCAGGGUCUGAAUAAUAUCUCGUGGAGACCACAUUAGGCGAUUCCAUCGCCGUUCUUAAAGAAGCAAGGCGUUACAGUAGCCGAAGAAGCUUUAUAGAGGAAGAGCCAAGUUAUCUUUCUGCCUCAGGACCGACUAAAAUCCACCCUUGCGAUUCAUGGAGUGAACCAGAGGAACAUUCGGUACUCUCUCGAGCAAUUCGAAUCGCACGCGAAUACACGGUGACGUCAGAGGAACUUUGACGUUGAAUCUGCCAUUUCUCUAUUGUACUAAAUCUUUCCUCGUUACCGCCGCCGACUGUACUUUGCAGGUGUUACGAUAUUUCGCGACAAACCUUUUCCUACUCGAUAAUAGCUCAAUUUGCGAAGUCGCGCGUAUCGAUGACUCUGUCUCGCAGCUCGUACCAAGGAGACGAGACGGCCCUCUUGAACGUGAUAUCUUCAGACGCGAUGCUCAUAUGCGCCAGAAAAAGUUCUUCGUUUCUUGCAAUGUUUAACGUUGGCACGCGGCAGCCGUUAUCCCGCGCGCCGAAUUGAUUUACCUCGCACGAUGCCUUCUUCGCAGCUUGUCUAAGUGCGAUUCGCGAUCCGAAAUCAACUCGCGAAUCUCGUGCCUGUAUAUCGCAUUCCGUACACGAAGAAUCUGUCCUUACUGUCGUAUACGUAGCGGUUUGGUAUACCGUAUAUUUUAAACGAUUUUCCACGAUGUAUCCGCGGCGGAAAGUGAUCGUUCUGCUAGAGGAAACAAUCUGUCGAUUUUCGGAAACGCCAGGAGUACCUAGGAAAAAAAAAAAAAAAACUAAAAUACUGCGCUAUUCUUGAAUUAUAUGUGUCUAAUAGCUGUAAGAUAAAAAUUUGUAUUUAAUAAGGACGAUAAAUUUAACAGCAGAUUAUAAAUCUGUUAUAAAUGUCCGGAGCGUACGUCCUUUUGCGUGGCGUCGCGCUCCAGAUUUAGAGAGAAACUCUUGCAGUGUUCUUACACAAAUGAUAGAUUUUUUUUUACCUCUAUCACAUUUAUGUCCGUAAUUAACCGAAUCGAUCUCGAAGCUCGUGCCGUUUCUCGAAAACGACCAAGAGAUGGCAAACUUGCAACGAAACGGGUACCGAGUAUACGCUCUCUGGUUCACUCAACGAUACCGAACGGACGUCCAUCCGAAGAAACGCAGAUGAGAGAAAGAUGCGCGACGAGGUUCCACUCGCGGCAUCACGCGCUGUAUAUUAAAGUCACGAGUUAUCUAUGGACUAAAGAAUUUAAUCAGUAAACUAUGAGCUAAAUGCCGUUAAACGUUACGAGUAUUAUCAGGUAAUUCGCUUGCUGUGUGAUCAUGAUGCGUCCACUCGCGUGCAUCACGUUAGACACUUUUAUCAGACACACCGACGACAUCAUGUCCGUUCCACUUUAACUAGCGACACGCUUUUGCAAGUAAAAAGAAAAAAAAAACCGCGCGAUUCGCAAGUGUCCACCCACGCACUCUGUUGCGGCCUCGUCCAUGUAUUAUGAUCUCCACACGCACAAAUUCUAACGUUUUCAGGUACCUGACCGACAUGCACGAAGAAACGUAGCGGUACCUUCUUGCUACUACAUAUAUGCAUUUAAAUCGAUACGAGUGCACAAGGCGAAGAAAUAUUCGGUACAAUGCAAGAAGGAGACUAUUUUUUUUUUUUCAAGAUCCGAGAUGGCCUGUUGUUUUUAGAUGCGCUUUCUGUGUUCAAACGUCGUAAAUUAUGCGCCGUUUCUUAGGAAAGAAAGCAAGGAAAACAAGUACUGAAAGCAUAAUUAAAAAGAACAGACCUGUUGUCUCUAAAUAUUUUUUUCAACGUGUACCAUUUGUAUAUUCUGACAUAUUUUUACAAGAUUGAGCUGUUCUGCAUAUAAGUUUUAAUGAGCAUCCCUCCAAGGGUGAAACGUGCUUUGCAACCCAAUGAUUUUAAAUAAAUUGUAAUCUCGAUAAUAUCAAUCGUAAUCGAGCUUCGUGCUACUUCUCAGGACUUAAAAAAAAAAAAAAAAAAAAAACGGCUCGUCUUAUCGUCUCAGUGUCGGCCGUGAACGUGAUUAGCCGUACGCUACGUUACGAUUUUAGUGUUAAUGUCGCCUGAGAUCACAUCAACCAAACCGCAUGCCGCAUGGAAACAAACCGAUCCUAAGAGUAUCCGAAUAAUACUUCGAGAUGCCUGCAAGCAAUUUAAUUUUAAUAUUUGUCUCGAUAUUUCGACGCAAUUCAAAAUGUAAUUAUUUGAUUUGCAACCUGGUGCCUCCAUCCUUCGAAAUGAUCGGUAUUCCAUGCGGCAUUAAACUGGGCGAGAUGUGAAAAAAGACCAUAUGUAAUUAUCGCUCGACAUCGGUUCACGUUUUCGGAAUUUGUGCUAUUUCUGCGAUCAUACACCAAGCAACACAUCCACACACAUACACACCGACAUACCACGACGAAAAGCACAUUCUACACACAUCGGUAAUUCUAUGGGAAAAAAAAAGAUAAUUGAAUUGUUUUUAUGGAUUAAGAACAAGUUGUCUGUGAUCUACAAUAAUUAAAAGAAUAUUUAAUAAGUAUUAACAGAUAAAAAUAUAAUUGAGAUAAUAUCGAUAAUGUUGAACGAUGAAAAGAAAUAAUCGAAGGACGGAUCGGAUUUUAUUGGUACAAGUUGAGCGCAGGUUUCUCGAGUUGUUUGAGCAAUACGUUAGUAAGAGAGAAAUAAAA